CACAAGUACGAUUUCAGUGGACGAGGGGACCUACUGGGGUUCAUCCGGGCUGCUGCUAAGAAGGAUCUCUUCGUGAGCCUUCGGAUAGGACCGUAUGUUUGUGCGGAAUGGGCGUUCGGUGGCCUUCCCCUAUGGCUGAGAGAUGUGGAGGGGAUGUGUUUUCGCUCUAUUUGUG